UACUGCAGCUGCCAUGGUAACUCUGUGGCUCCUAAAUCAGUGUGUUUACAUUUAGUGAUCAUUUGAAUGGGUAAUAAUGUGAAUGGAUUUAUUAGAGAUAUCCUGUCGUGUCAGCUCUAAUAGACUUCCUGUAUGCGCUGUGCCAACGAAACCCCCACAUGCUCUUGACAGUGAUUCAUCGUUUUUAUUUUAAACACAUGCAUCAUGUGUUCUUGUAAAUUCAGCUGUUAUAAGUUUGUGUGUGUACAUACAGAGGCCGUCCUCCUCGGCUCCUAGCUGUAAACCAGCUCAGUGUUUUUUCCCAGAGGCUCCCUCGGGCCUCCCAGCAUUAGAGCCUCGGUGCUGGGGCAGAUGGCAUGGACAGUACCCCCCCCAACACCCCUUUCCUAAAAAUACUUGUAAAAUACUGUGUGUCUAGGUAGGAGUUGGGUUCUGAAACCUCACACAACGCUUUGACAGAUCAAAGAGCAGGGAACGAGGAAGAGGAAACCUGAUCUGAGUGGUCAGUGUUCAGACAGCACUCUGUCAUUAACUUUCAUUAUGAUAUGUCAUUUUUAAUGGUGCAUGCUGACUAAAGGGUAAUCUCUACACCGCCAGCUAGUGUUGUCAUGAUACUGGAAUUUCAAACUUCGAUACAAUACUUUGAAAAAUAUCGAAAUUCAAUCAAAUAUGAACAUUGACACAACAUUGAGGGCAUACAGGGUUUUUACCACGGCCAGCAUUUUUUGAAGCGUUUUAGACGUCCAUCACUCGUCUGUUGUAUUUAACAGAUGCGACACUGUGGUGGGUGCAAUAGUGUUAGGCUACAUAAAUCAAAUGGGACUAAUACGCGAGGAGAGGAGUCGAGGAAAGGAAUCGAGGAAAGGAAUGAAGGAGGUACAAACUCAGGAAUGGGAAAGGCCUUUGUUCACGCAGCAAGAAAAGGCGCGUUACAAACAGAGUCUGGACCCCACGGUGGACGAGGUGAAGAAGCUGUGCACGUCACUGAGACGCAACGCCAAAGAGGAGCGAGUCCUCUUCCACUACAACGGCCAUGGGGUGCCACGGCCAACCGUCAACGGAGAGAUCUGGGUCUUUAAUAAGAACUACACCCAGUACAUCCCGCUGUCCAUCUACGACCUGCAGACGUGGAUGGGGAGCCCGUCCAUUUUCGUCUACGACUGCUCCAACGCGGGAAUCAUCGUCAAGUCGUUUAAACAGUUUGCCCUGCAGAGAGAGCAGGAGCUGGAGGUGGCAGCCAUCAACCCCAGCCACCCGCUCGCCCAGAUGCCGCUGCCGCCCUCCAUGAAGAACUGCAUCCAGCUGGCCGCCUGUGAGGCCAGCGAGCUGCUGCCCAUGAACCCCGACCUCCCGGCCGACCUCUUCACCUCCUGCCUCACCACGCCCAUCAAGAUCGCCCUCCGAUGGUUUUGCAUGCAGAAGAGUGCCAAGUUGGUGCCAGGGGUGACGUUGGACCUCAUCGAGAAGAUCCCCGGCAGGCUCAACGACAGACGCACUCCCCUCGGAGAGCUCAACUGGAUCUUCACAGCCAUCACCGACACAAUCGCUUGGAACGUGCUGCCUAGAGAUUUGUUCCAGAAGUUGUUUCGCCAGGACCUGCUGGUGGCGAGCUUGUUCCGCAAUUUCCUGUUGGCGGAGAGGAUAAUGAGGUCGUACAACUGCACACCGGUCAGCAGUCCCCGGCUGCCCCCUACAUACAUGCACGCCAUGUGGCAAGCGUGGGACCUGGCCGUGGACAUCUGCCUCUCUCAGCUGCCUACCAUCAUUGAGGAGGGCACUGCCUUCAGACACAGUCCUUUCUUUGCAGAGCAGCUGACAGCGUUCCAGGUGUGGUUGACGAUGGGAGUGGAAAACAGAAACCCUCCUGAGCAGCUCCCAAUCGUACUGCAGGUCCUCCUCAGUCAGGUGCACAGGCUACGAGCUCUAGACCUGCUCGGACGGUUCCUGGAUCUGGGUCCCUGGGCCGUCAGUCUGGCCCUUUCUGUGGGGAUCUUCCCCUACGUAUUAAAGCUGCUCCAGAGCUCAGCCAGAGAGCUGCGUCCCCUGCUGGUUUUCAUCUGGGCUAAAAUCCUCGCUGUGGACAGUUCAUGUCAAGCUGACCUGGUGAAAGACAACGGACACAAGUACUUCCUGUCGGUGUUGGCCGACAGUUACAUGCCAGCAGAGCAUCGAACCAUGGCUGUCUUCAUAUUGGCUGUUAUCGUCAACAGCUACAACACAGGACAGGAGGCCUGUCUGCAGGGCAACCUAAUAGCCAACUGCCUGGAGCAGCUGUCGGACCCCCAUCCCCUGCUUCGCCAGUGGGUGGCCAUUUGCCUGGGCCGCAUCUGGCAGAACUUUGACCCAGCGCGCUGGUGCGGGGUUCGGGACAGCGCCCACGAGAAACUCUACACCCUGCUGUCGGAUCCCAUCCCUGAGGUGAGGUGUGCGGCCGUCUUUGCUCUGGGGACGUUUGUGGGAAACUCUGCUGAGAGGACGGACCACUCCACCACCAUCGACCACAACGUGGCCAUGAUGCUGGCCCAGCUCAUCAACGAUGGCAGCCCCGUGGUCCGCAAGGAGCUGGUAGUAGCACUGAGUCACCUGGUGGUCCAAUAUGAAAGCAACUUCUGUACAGUCGCACUCCAGUUUAUAGAAGAGGAGAAGAACUACACGGUGCCGUCACCAGCCAACACCACAGGCACAAAAGGCCAGAUCUGUCAGUGCUCAGAGCCCGGUAACCUGACUCCAGUGAGGGACAGCCCGGCCAUCCCACGCCUGCGAUCGGUCAACUCCUACACCAACAUUCGAGCUGCUACCACUGCCCGCAACCUGAACAAGAGCCUGCAGAACCUCAACCUCAAUGAAGAGGGUGGACCAGCAGCCUUCUCUCCUGGUAACCUGAGCACCAGCAGCAGCGCCAGCAGCACCCUGGGGAGCCCCGACAAUGACGAGUACAUCCUGUCCUUUGAGACCAUCGACAAGAUGAGACGGGUGUCCUCCUAUUCUUCACUAAACUCUCUCAUAGGUGUGUCCUUCAACAGCGUUUACACUCAGAUCUGGAGAGUGCUGCUACAUCUCGCUGCAGACCCGUUUCCUGAAGUAUCAGAUCUGGCCAUGAAGGUCCUCAACAGCAUAGCAUACAAGGCAACGAUGAACGCUCGGCCCCAGAGGAUCCUGGACUCCGGAUCUCUCACCCAGUCGGCCCCAGCCAGCCCGACCAGCAAAGGAACGCACAUCCACCAGGCUGGCGGUUCUCCUCCCAUGCCCAGCACCAGCAGCUCCAGUCUGACCAACGAGGUGCCCAAACCCCCCGCCAGAGAGCAGUCAGCCACACGACCUCCCUACACCCCCACACUGGGAGGACAGGCGCCCCACUCCCACCAGUUCCCCCGCACUCGCAAGAUGUUUGACAAGGGACCUGAGCAGGCAGCUGAGGACGGGGACGAGCCGGGCGGUCACAAGAACUACAUCAGCGCCGCCCUCCAGACGGGCCUGUGUGAUUGGAGCGCCAAGUAUUUCGCCCAGCCUGUCAUGAAGAUCCCAGAGGAGCAUGACCUGGAGAGUCAGGUGAGGAUGGAGCGGCAGUGGAGGUUCUUGAGAAACACUCGUGUGAGAAGGCAGAGCCGAGGCAUCACACAAAGGGGUGUUUCCCGUCUGGAUGAUCAAAUAUUCAUCAACCGCAACCCUGGAGUACCAUCUGUUGUGAAGUUCCACCCCUUCAACACCUGCAUCGCUGUGGCCGACAAAGACAGCAUAUGUUUCUGGGACUGGGAGAAGGGCGAGAGGCUGGACUACUUCUACAACGGAAACCCUCGUUACACUCGUAUCACAGCCAUGGAGUACCUGAACGGACACGACUGCUCAUUACUGCUCACCGCAACAGACGAUGGAGCGUUACGUAUCUGGAAGAACUUUGCCGACCAGAAGAACCCGGAGAUGGUGACGGCGUGGCAGGGCCUCUCCGACAUGCUGCCCACUACCAGAGGUCAGCCCACCAGCAGCGCUCACAGUCUGGCCAGAAGGGUCUCCAUCUAUCUUGACAGGAGUAAGCAAGGAGGUGCAGGCAUGGUCGUCGACUGGGAGCAGGACACGGGUCUCCUUAUGACGUCCGGAGAUGUCCGAGUCGUCAGGAUCUGGGACACCGACAGAGAGAUGAAGGUCCAGGACAUCCCAACAGGAGCAGACAGCUGUGUGACCAGCCUCUCCUGUGACUCCCAGCGUUCGCUCAUCGUCGCCGGUCUGGGUGACGGAUCUGUACGCGUGUUCGAUAGGAGGAUGGGUCCAAAUGAAUGCAGGGUGAUGACCUACAGGGAGCACGGAGCCUGGGUGGUCAAAGCUCACUUACAGAAGGAGACAGACGGACAUAUCAUCAGUGUCAGUGUUAACGGAGACGUUCGAUUCUUUGAACCGCGGACACCAGACUCCAUCAAUGUGCUGCAGACAGUGAAGGGGUUAACAGCCCUGGACAUCCACCCGCAGGCCAACUUGUUCGCCUGUGGUUCGAUGAACCAGUUCAUAGCGGUCUACAACUCUAACGGCGAUGUGAUCAGCAACAUAAAGUACUAUGACGGCUUCAUGGGACAAAGGAUUGGAGCCAUCAGCUGUUUAGCCUUCCAUCCUCACUGGCCCCACUUGGCGGUAGGCAGCAACGACUACUACAUGUCCAUCUAUUCAGCAGAGAAGAGGCUCAGAUAACACACCAGCAUUCACCACCCCACCCGGCCCCCCAAUAUGACUUCUGACCCUGAGCCUCCAGCUCCGGGAUGUAAAUGACGUUUUUGUUGUACAUAUGCAAUUACCACCCUGAAUGUUCUAGUGAUGGCUGCUGACAAAAACUUGUGCUACGAACGACGAUAUAUAUAUAUAUUAUUAUUAUUCUCACUGUUUAUUCCUAUUCUUAUUAUGAAGCUAAUGAUUGUAGACUUGGCUGUGCUGAGGAGUGUGUAUAUUUAAAUAGCGUAUACAGAAGAAUAGAGGUUCUAUUUUAAAGAAGUGGUACCCACCGAUCGCUGGGGCUCCUCCUCGCCGCACAGCGAGCAUCACUACCUGAAUGAACUGUGACCCCAGCGAACCCUAAAAGUGGCGAGGGGUCGGGGGGUGGGUAGUUGCCCAGAGGACACUGUUAAAACACAUUCACUGGUGCAGGAAACACAGACUCGCCCUCCGCUGGACCCCGGUGUGUGUUUAUCUAUUCAUUUUAAUGGCCAUCUCGUAGCCAGAGGACGCAGAGUUUGGCUACUUUGCGGCACCGCUGGCAAGACGGACCCAGAGACAGAGGCUCAUUCUGACACGUCGACCAGGCAGACGUGAUGAGUGUUUGUGCGUGCGUGCGUGUGUGUUAAAGUGGAUCAUAGCACAGAUGUGCCCCACGGUGGGCCGUCACAGCCUUGGAGUUAAUUGAACCCCAAAAAAAGAUGCCUGCUCCCAUGCUAGAACUCUCCUCCUUGCUUCCCUGACCCCAGCGUGCCAAACAUAAUCACAUUUUUCAUGCAAGCCCCUUUGUUGUUGUUGUUGUUGUUGGUUUAUUUGUUGUUGUUUUUUAACCUGUAAAAAGGGAAAACCUCCAUUGCCCCUAGGAUGAUACAUACCCUUAUAUCUAGCACAGCGAGAGGAGUCCUCCAGGGAGCCUGCGGUACCCGCCCACCUGCCCUGCAAAGCAAUAAAAACCUCACAUGAUUCAGCCUCAAGCUCCUCCCCUGACGUUUCUGAUAGAAAAUAGUGCUUCAGUUUGGAGGUGAUAGCAGCAUCUGCCCAGAACCCGACCUACAGCAUCCAAAGGUGCCACAGUAUAGCAAUACAAACCAUUUCCAGGUCCGACUUUCUUUUUAUAUACUCAGAGUAGCAGAUGGGUGCGUUACCAUCUACUCACAACAGUGACAGGAAAGAUAUCAAAUAGAUUUUCCUGUGAUUGACUAAACGUUCUGCUCCCGUGUGGAAUCAAAAGAUGGCAAAAGUAGCCCUUUUUCGACCUGCUUCAGCCGCCGUGAGUGCGCCGGUCUCAAAAGCCCACCUUUUGUUUAUUUUGUCCCUUGCGCGCCAUGCCAUCUUUUUAUGGCUUCAAAAAUAGAAGUUGAUCCUGGUUGCUUAUCUAACCACAGUGAGGGGCAGCUUUCUUAUUUCUAAGCAGUCACGACAACCUCUGAGCACACGGCACUGUAGGUUUAGCUUAUGUGACUCAUCACACCAGGGAUCACCUGCCCGCCCCUCUGUUUGGACCAUCUUUCAUUUUGAUAAAACCUCCUGUAAGGUUUUUUUUCCCCCCCGUCUUUGGGUUAUGAUUUAGAUUUUACUGCCAGGUUUGUUUGGUUUUGAUUUUGUCUGAGGCGUUAAAUGAGUUGCAUGUUAAUUGGUUGCAUCUGAGACACUCUUUACGUGCGUACGUGCUCACCGUGUCAAGUUUCAGUCCCUGUCCUAAAUCUCGCUCAGGUACUUCAUGAGCCAAACCAAUGUCAAGCAACUGCCAGCCUCCCCAGUGUCUGCAGCAUGAUGGACAGGUGCGGUCAGUCACAUGACCGGGUGCGUUGUCACUCCAGAGAUCAUGGACGUUGUUGAAGUAAAUGUCAUUGUGGUGCUGUUUGGUAAAGACGCCUCUUAUGAGAAGGAGGGCUCUGAGUUUCUUUGUUCUUUUUGUGCAGUAUCACCAUCGACGUGCCUCUUCUCCGGGGCUGCAGCUUUGCUUAAUUAGCUUUUUUUAAAUCUUUUUUUUCCUCUUUCUGUUUUGUAAUUUUAUGUUUUUAAUUCUGCUGGCAUUUUGUUUGCCUUAGCCUCAGUGAGGUGGAGGGGAAAAAGUGGAGACAGCCUUACCCUCACACACACACACACUCACACUCACUGCACUUCAGUCUUUCUUUCAUGCUCACCUUUCAUCGCCAACAGCCACCCCUUCCUUUUUUCCUGCCACGCUCACCUCACCCCUCCGCAUCAGUUGUCCCGAGCUUUGCUUUUCCCUGAAGAAGGAAUGGACUCGUGGACUGGGAGCGAACUGGGAACCCACACCAUACAGUCUGCAUUUAAGCGGCUGCAGUCGCAGUCGCCACAUUAGUCCCCACCAUCACCCCGUCACUGAGCUCUUCAGCGCUCUGCGUGGUUCAGCAGGCCUCACCUGCUUCGCCGGCUCAGACAAAAUAGUGUAUUUUGGCGUCGGGCCAUUUGCUCAGAAUCACAUUCAUCUCUAAGUAUCCUGCUUUGAGUUUUAAGAUUUUAGAUCUGGAGGAAAAGAAGAGACUUUAACAAAGUAGUAAAGGAAAACUGAAAACAAUCAGGGUUGUCUCUGUGACUUUAGACUGCUUUGCUGACUGUGGUUUAUAAGACAGAAGAUGAAAUAAACCAAAUACAACACUUGA